AUGUCGCCGACUGAAGAAACCGUCACCGUCGAGUCGCUCCCGGAGCUUCUCAAGAAUGACAACAAGGUCAAGCUUGCCGGCAUCGACGUCGAUGGCAUGCUGCGCGGCAAGCUCGUAUCCAAAUCAAAGUUCUUGUCCAUCGCCAAGUCCGGCUUUGGCUUCUGCUCCGUCAUUUUCGGGUGGGACAUGCACGACAUGACAUACAUCAGGGAGCUCAAGAUCAGCAACGCCGAGAACGGUUACCACGACUUGAUCGCCAUCCCCGAUCUCCAGAGCUUCAGGCGCAUCCCCUGGGAGGACAACGUCCCCUUCUUCCUUGUCGACUUCCACGACCCCGACACCCAGGAGCCCAUCUGCGCCUGCCCUCGUGGCCUGCUCAAGACUGCUCUGGGCAAGCUGGAGGCCAAGGGUUACAGCGCCAUGGCUGGAGCCGAGUACGAAUUCUACCAGUUCAAGACUCCUUCUCGCUCCUCCGAGACCUCGACCUCAACGGCCGGAUACCUGCAGGAGAACCCUCCCCACGCUCUCCCAUCUCUUACCGAGGGCAUGUUUGGAUACAGUUUGACUAGAACAGUCCAUAACAAGGACUACUUUUACGACGUCUUCGAGACCUGUGCCCAGUUCAAGUGUGAUAUCGAAGGAUGGCACACGGAGAGUGGCCCUGGUGUUUUCGAGGCCGCACUCGAGUUUGGCCAGAUCCAGCAAAUGGCCGACAGAGCUAGCUUGUUCAAAUAUGUUGUAAAGUCUGUAGCCACCAAGUACGGCAUUACUCCGUGCUUUAUGGCCAAGCCGAAACAGGGCCUGCCUGGAAACAGUGGCCACAUGCAUGUUUCCAUUGUCGACAACGCGGGCAAGAACCUCUUUGCUAGAGACACCAUCGACGAGAACCCUCCGUACCCCGACGUUGCUGCUCUCUCGGACCUGGGACGCCACUUUCUGGCUGGCCUUUUGGAGGGUCUCCCAGACAUCAUGCCUCUCCUGGCCCCCACAAUCAACUCGUACAAGCGUUUGGUAGAGAACUUCUGGGCUCCGGUAACGGUAUCUUGGGGCUUGGAACACCGCGCCGCAUCGAUCCGUCUCAUCGCUCCCCCGACCUCAAAGCCUGGUGCGACCCGAUUCGAGGUGCGAGUACCUGGCGCCGACACAAACCCUCACUUCGUCCUCGCUGCCAUUCUUGCGCUUGGAUGGCGGGGUAUUGAGAAGAAGCUGGAGAUCCCGUGCCCGCCGCUUGGAAAGGGCCAGGAGAUCGGCGGCCAGUCUGACAAGGGUACCAGGCUCGCAAAGAGCCUUCGCGAGGCAAACGACCGGUUCACCCGCAAGGAAAGCAUAGCAAGAGAAGUCUUUGGCGACGACUUUGUCGACCAUUUUGGAGGAACUAGAGAUCAUGAAAUUCGCCUCUGGGAGGAGGCUGUUACGGAUUGGUAA